CGCGCGGUGGGCUGGGCCUCACGUCAGCGCAGAAAAAAGACAAGUUUUAAACUUUGACUGUUGUGGUGUGAAAUAUGAUUCAUUUAUUUAUGGAUAAAGUUUGAGUGUUUCUCUUGUUUUUGUUGCUGCCCGGAGUUAAUGAAUGGUAAUCUUGUAUUUAUGAUGGACACUUGUUGCAAAAGUAGCCGCUAGCUGCCUGUGUUAGCUCGUUAGCAUUGAAGCUAACGGUUCUGUUAGCCGAAGAAGAUCCGCUAAAACGGAGUUCGGCAAGUUCCAGGAGUAAGGAUCCGGGUCGCAGGGAGCUGGUGUUAGAAUGGGCACCAGAACUGGAGCCGGACGAGCGGGCAACGGAGUCAGACUGAACACGCCCGUACCGGGUCCAGUUCCAGCUGUGUCGACUGACGGUGCCCGGUUCGAAGACAGAGAGUACAGCACCGAAGUGGUUUUUAGCGGCUCGGAUCCAGAGUCCGACUCCGGGGAGGAGGAGGAUGGAGCCGGUCCAGGCGGGGACAGGAGAGGAGUGAAGCGGAGGAGGAGCGACAGGGAGGUCGGUCCGCAGGGAACCUCCGGAGGCCUGGUCGGAGCUUACGGCGGAGUGCCCGGAGCCAAACCCGGCAAGAAGACCCGAGGCCGGGUGAAGAUCAAGAUGGAGUUCAUCGACAACAAACUGAGGCGCUACACAACUUUUAGCAAAAGAAAGACUGGCAUUAUGAAGAAGGCGUACGAGCUGUCCACACUGACAGGAACUCAGGUGUUGCUCCUGGUUGCCAGUGAAACGGGUCAUGUGUACACAUUUGCCACCAGGAAGUUGCAGCCCAUGAUCACCUCAGAAACAGGGAAGGCUCUGAUCCAGACGUGCCUGAACUCUCCAGACUCUCCACCACGCUCUGACCCCUCCACUGAUCAAAGGAUGAGUGCCACAGGCUUUGAGGAGACUGAUCUCACUUACCAGGUGUCUGAAGCUGACGGAGGCUGUGACAUCACUAAGGAUAUGAUGAAACCAGCAUUCACCAUGGCCAAUGUACCUGCUGCCACCACGCCACCAAUUGCAGCCACCACCUCCUCCUCUUCCUCCUCUUGUACAUCCUCAGUGACCAUGCAGACCACCACCUCCUCUUGGCAGCCGACAUCUGCUGUCUCCUCGACUAAUGGCACAGUGCUGAAGACGUCAACUGGUGUUGUGCUUCCUGGAGGAUUCACCCUAAUGUCAGGUGCUUCACUGCCCCCUGGCACUCAUACCAUACCCCUCAGCCAGCUGCAAGGAGGACCACUGGCCAUCCAGGGCACCAUGGGCCCUGGUUCCUCUGCCACGGUGCAUGCCUCUCCCACUCAGCCCACAACACUGCUCCGCCUACCCGCUACCAUCUCCUUGUCAGCAGGAGGAGUUUCACAGCAGCUUCAGACCAUCCAGGUUCAGCCCAGCACUCAGCAGAUAUCGACCAAUCAGAGCAGCUCUGACAUUCAUAAUACAACCUCUUCCACAGCCAGUCUUCCCACCUCCGUCGUCUCCUCCGCCUCAGUGUCCGGGCACAUGAUGUACCCUAGUGGUCACACAGUGAUGUAUGCCACACCAACAUCAUCGCUUGGUGAUGGCAGCAUUGCUGUGCUCAACACCUUCCCUCCAACAGGCCAUGCCCCACCCCAUGACUCAGGCUCCGUCUCGCAGGUGUUCCUCACUUCGCUCCCUCCAGUCACCACUCAGAUCCCCGUGUCUGCAGUCCAACUCCACCCGAUGCUGAUCAGCCAGCAGGGCAACAGCACUAACAACCUGACAGAGCUCCAGGUUGUCAGCCUGGACGUCCAUCAAUCAAAGGACGACUAAUGAGCCUCUUUGAAGAUGAACACAUCGUUGACACACCGUUCAGAC